AUGGAUCAUUCACUAUCCUUUCAUAAUAAUUUGGAUGUGAGCCCGAAUAACUCGAUAUCAGAUAGUAAAGAUAAAGUACAGCUGAAUUCCAUGGAUUUUAUGCAGCAUCACAGCGUUUGUCAAGGAACUACAGACGAAGAUAGUAGUAUUACGUCUGAAAUCAGCGGAUACUUUUCAGGCCCAUUAUCUAUCCGCCAAGAUACCCAACUAUCACCUCUCCAAAUCUCACCCAGUAAACAGCAAGACAAGUCAUCUAAACAGCCUGCUACAUCUUUAGCAGUUUCAAAAUCCAGAGUACCAACGAUACACUUUAAUCCUGGACCGAGAAAUUUUCUGAAUUCUAGACCAGUUGUUUCGUCCCCAUUGAAAAAUACCAUUAAUCCAUCUGGUCACACUAUUCCAGCUCUAGAUAAAGCUCUAGCAGACGUGAAUUUAAAUACUCUAGAUAACAGACCCCUGGCUAGAGUGAAAUCAAAAACCAUGACAGGAACCGGAACGCCAGAGAUGAGGAGUCCAAGGAAGGGAUCAAGAUCUGCCAUGGUUCCUAGAUCUGCUUUGAGAAUGGAAUCAAGCUCAAGAUCUAACUAUGCCAAGCUACUACUCAAAAGCCGGCCAUCUUCUAACUCGUCUAUGUCUAUGUUAGACUAUGACGAUUCUCCCCUUCUCCACCGAGGUACAACGCCAAGGUAUACUUCGACUCCCGAACCUGAAUGGAAGGACAUUGAUGACAAUGAGCAUAGUGAUGAAGAUAUUUCUCUUUUUUCUGGAGAUGCUAACCACUCGUCAAAAAAGGGCACGAACAAGGAGUCUUCAAUUAUGCUCAAUCCUCAAUUGCCAAUUAUCCUCAGUUCAUACUUACAGCUCUUAUUUAACCUGGCAAUGAUGGGACUAUUAGUAUACUCCAUUUGGAUAUUCUUGUCAACGGUACGACAUGAUGUGGACCAAAAAGUUGAGGAAUAUUCGGCCGAUAUCUUGGCAGAAAUGGCCAUUUGCUCAAAAGAGUACAUUCGAAAUAACUGCAUGCCUGGAAGAAGGGUUCCAGCACUAGAAAAGACUUGUAAUAACUGGGAAAAAUGUAUGAACCAAGAUCCAGCAUUGAUAGGACGUGCCAGAGUGAGUGCAGAAACCUUUGGUGAGAUUAUCAAUAGCUUUUUGAACCCGAUUGGCCUCAAGUCAAUGGCCUUUUUAGUGACUGCAUUUGCAGGAUCUUUUAUUAUUGUCAACUAUGUCUUUUCGUAUAAACCACACUCUUACCGGUUUAACAAACAGCGAAAACGUCGUGCCCAUUCAGAAUCACGAACCCAUUCUGCUCCACAGCAACCAAUAGUCUUGUAUGCUCCUUCUACACCUGGUCCCCAUAUUCCUGGAUCCUCAAGGAAAACUCCAUAUGCAUCAGCCAGAAGAAGGAGAUUAUAA